GACCCUCCAGCCCUACAGUCCAAAUGCUCCACAGUGACCUACAGGGCAGGGAAGUGGAGACAGCUUGGAACAGGCAGCAGGAGGAACCGCAAAACCGAGCUCCUUCCUCUGCCUCUAUCUCCUUCCCCGGUCUGCACUGCGGCUGCUCCCACAGAUGGUAAAGCUCCCUCAGCUCUCCAGAAGAGCCAUUCCUGUUUUUCCUGGCGAGCCAGAAAGAAAGGAUCCCUUGUCUACACCACAGACAACAAGCUAAGGCCAUGCAGGUCCCUGCCCUGCUCCUGCUCAUCCUCCUGGCUCUGCUGUCCACGGCCAGUGCUGCCCACCCUGGUCAGCCCUGCCCCUCGGAGAUGAACAAGAUCAAGGACCUGCUGGAGGUGAACUGCACGGGACAGGAUCUCAGCGCGGUGCCCCCGGGGCUGCCUGCAGACACGGGCAUCCUGCUGCUCAGUGCCAACCGCCUGGCCUCCCUCUCCACCGCUGCCUUCCUGCCCCUCGCCCAGCUGCAGGACCUCGACCUGUCCUACAACGGGCUGGUGGCUCUGCACACCGGGCCCCUGCUGCCCUCCCUGAAGGAGCUGCUGCUCUCCCACAACGCGCUGGGGACCCUGCCCGCCCUGCAGGGCCUGCCUGAGCUCACCCGCCUGGCCCUGGCCCACAACAACCUGGCAGAGCUGGCCCCGGGGGCUUUCCGUGCCGUGCCGCGGCUGCAGGACCUGGACCUGCAAGGGAACCAGCUGCGGACGCUGCCCGAGGAGGCCUUUGCGGGGCUGAGGGCACUCAAGGACUUGGACCUCUCAGACAACCUCCUGGAGGAGCUCCCCAGGGAGCUGCUGCAGGAUCUGCAAAAGCUGGAGACCCUCUGGCUCUCAGGGAACCGCCUGCAGACCCUGCCCACCAACUUCUUCCCCGAAGGGCACCUCUUUGCCUAUGUCUUCCUCACCGAGAACCUCUGGCACUGCGACUGCGACCUGCGCUACCUGAGGACCUGGAUCCAGCAGAACGAGGGCAGUGUCUAUCAGCCAGAGCGGGGCCUGGAGAUGUCAAAGGUGGAGGUUGCCCCGGAGAAGGUGCUGUGCUACAGCCCCCCCGAGCAUUGGCAGAAGCCCAUCAUCCACUUCAAGCCCAAUUGCGGCAACGUGGGGGACACAGAUGAGGACGAAGAAUAUGAUUAUGAUUUUAGGGAAGAAAAGAUGGAGAAAACUCCCAUAACCACCUUCCUCCCCUCACAUCCAUCCCUCCCCAAAGAGCACACUACCGUGCCCCAUACCCAGCCUCCCCUUGCUACCACAAGACCUCCUCUCAGCACCCCUUGUAGCUCCACCCUUGUCCCAAGCACUUUGCUUGCAACACCGGCAAGCACCAGAGCUCCCAGCACUACCACUCCUGCUCCAGCCAGUCCCACCAUCACAGCUUCACAGCCCCCAGCCACCACCACCAGUCUCACUGCUGCUCCUGCCAGCAUCCCACACAGAUCCACCACCCUUAUUUCCACCACCUCACUGCCAACCACUAUGAGUACCAGAUCUCCCAGCACCAGCAGCUCUCCCCAGACCACCCUUACCACCAACACUACCAGCACCUAUGCCAAUCUCGUGGUGUCCACUGGUGCAUUUUCCCCCACUUCCACAGCAGUAUCUUCUACUGGCAUGCCAGAGGCCUCUUCCAGUGCCAGGUCUUCAGAUCCUUCUCUGACAUCGCCCACUUCAAUGGUCUCCACCGCCAUGCUUUCCACUCCUGCCCCAACACCACCAGCUCCCCUGGAGACCACCCAACCUGCACCUCUGGCCCUCUGCCCGUGUUCUACCCCAGAACUGGCCAUACCUGUGCUGCGCUCACGGGCAGGUGGGGAGGCUCCACAGUGGGGACAGUGGGUGCUGAGACAUUGCUGCCUGUUGCACUGGGUGCUCUACCUGGCUGCCUUGAUUUUCCUGGUCCUGUCUGUGCUGGCUCUAGCAGGCUGGCUGGUGUGGAUAUGUCUGGUGGGAUGGCCCUCCUGGCGCAAGUCCCUGGAGGGCCAAGAGAUGCAGCAUCCUCUGCUGAGGUGGAGGAAGUCGACAGGAAGCCCUGCCAUGCAUCUCAGCAGCUUCCAAAGCCCUGUCCAGCGCCCCAUGUUCUGUACCAUCAAGGAAGUAGAGCUGUGCCCUGAGGUCACGUAUUGCACGAUUAAAGACCUGGGAAUACAGCGUAGUCCUCCUGCAAGUUCCUCCUUCUGCACAACAAAGGAGCUGUGGAUCCACCACAAGCAUCUGAACACUUCGUUCAAGUCUUUCUCCAGGAACCUGAUGGUCACUGACCUCGGCUCCCUGAGGGCCCCUUCUGUGUACAGCCUGGACAGGGGUGUCAAGGCCAUUGGUGAUGUCAGAGUGAAAUAUGCUGGCAACACCUUAUAAAUGCUUCUGAAUGUUCAGAGAAAGAGGUGGAGGUUUCUGCUUCAUAGUUUAGUGAGGAAAGAUCUGCUUGCCUGGGGGAAGCUGUCCAGCUCCUCCCCCUCAUAAUACUCUCCCACACCCAGAGCUUCUAGAUCAGCACUAAUUACUUGGGUACUUGUUGGGGGCAGAGAAGGUUUCCUGGGCUGGUCAGUGACCGUUUGGGACUGACACUGCCUCUUUCCAGGGUGCCUGUGGAACACGGAGCUCACUUUCUGCCCCAGCUGCUUUUGUUCACAUGAUGCACGUAGUGAUGCGUUCAACUACCAACUUCGUGCCAGGCUGUUCAUCACACAAUAAAUACUCUCUUUGCCUAAA